GAAUGAUACAAGUUGAUUUUAAUUGAUGUUGUGGAUGUUUGUACACUAACAUAACAUUGUUUUGUAGGUGUUGGAGCUUGGGCUUAAGCCUUGAGCUUGCUUUGUGUUGUAUUGUUUAAGCUGUUUAACUGUUUGCUUUACAGUUUGUCUGAUUGAGUACUGACUGAGUUUGAUUGUUUCCAGGUACUUUAGUUGCUCAGUUCCUUGUGAACUAUUGCUUUGCUUUGCUUUGCAUAAGCAAUUUGCAUUGAGGGACCCUUUUGAUCGAGAUCUUGGCUGAGAGACUUUCUAUUCAGAGAUGAGAAGACCCGGCUUGAAGGACGAUGUUGCUUACAGUUUCUUUGACCCGGAUAUCAGUGUGUUGAAGGAUAUGAUAGCAUUGAUCACUCCUGACCAUGUGGGGUUGUUUCGUGCGGUGUAUGGGGGUAUUCUGAAGAUGGUUUUCAGGCUCAUGGACAGAGACAGGAGCGCCAUCCAUACUCUACUUCAGUUUUACGAUCCCGAGCUGAGAUGUUUCGUUUUCCCAGAUUAUGUGCUAGGGCCCAUGUUGGAAGAUUAUGCUGAUAUUUUGAAUAUCCAGAUCAGGGAUCAGGUUCCUUUCCGUGUUACUAAGGAAGAACCUGAUAUUGGUGGGAUUUCUCGUGCCUUCUAUCUGAGUCCAGAGGUUGUGAAGGGUAAUCUGAAGGAGAAGGGUAAGCUGCCUGGUUUUCAUCUGAGUUUCCUAGAGGCUAAGGCUAAAGAGCAGUCAGAAUUGGGGAAUUGGGAAGCUGUCUGUGCUCUGGUUGCGGCGAGCAUUUAUGGGAUCAUUCUGUUUCCGAACCAGAAGAACUUUGUGGAUAUCAAUGCCAUCCGCUUGUUUAUUCGAAGGAAUCCUAUCCCUACAUUGAUUGGAGAUGUCUAUUAUUCGGUUCAUAACCGGAAUGAGAAGAGGCGUGGGGGUCUGAUUCGAUGCUGUGCGCAGUUAUUGGUCAAGUGGUUUAUGGGUUACUUGCCAUCCAAGGGUGCUUUUGUUCUUCUGGGCCAGAAUGUUACUUGGGCGACCAAACUGAUGGGUUUGAGGGCUAAGGACAUAGAUUGGACUCACAGUGACUAUUACUAA